AGACUGACAGACAGGGUAUGGUGCUGCGGAGGUUUUGGGAGGAGUGUCUUCUGUGACCAAACCAUGUCCUGCAGUAUAUAGUUGAGGAAAACAGUGGAGUACGGUCAAAUACACAUGAAUGGACUAGAGGAAGGGGGGGUCCACUCAAAUACAGAUGUGCCACAGAAUCUGUUUUGAGCUGUAGGUAAAGUUGGUUUAGCAGAAUCAGGUCUGCCCGUGUGAAGCGCCAGCCAGUGGCUCUAUUGCUCGGAUGGAGAACUACAGCACCGACGACUCGUUGCCUUUCAGAAGAAGAGGCACGAUGUCCACAUCGUCCUGUGCUCCGUCCGACCCGGCUGGACGUCACCGUUCAGAUUUAGAGAACGUGGCCGAGGAGCGUCAGAGAAAUGGGAGGACGGACAGCGAGCCUCUGCAGGCCGCUGAUCAGGAGCAACGGGGGCUCUCAGGCAGGAGGAAGCCGGUGUUAGUCAGGUCAAAGACCUUUGACCACACUCAGCUGACUCACGUCCAGACAGUCUCAGACUCCAAGAUAGAGAGGAAGAAGUCUCACUACAGCCAGCUCUCAAAGAGCAACUGCCAGUACCAUAAAAUAUUUAAGGAGAUCAGCAAAGAGGAACAGCUCAGACAGAGUGUUUUGCAGUUGCCCCUCAGUCACCUGACGUUAUUUACCUGGUUGUCAGGUUACACCUGUGCUCUGCAGAAAGACAUCCUCUACCAGGGACGAAUGUUUGUCUCCGACCACUGGAUCUGCUUCCAUUCUAAGGUGUUUGGCAAAGACACAAAGAUCGCCAUCCCAGUCGUGUCCGUCACUCACAUCAAGAAGACCAAAACCGCCAUCCUGGUGCCAAACGCUCUGGUGAUCGCCACCGCAAAUGACAGGUACGUGUUCGUGUCCCUCCUGUCCAGAGACAACACCUACAAGUUCCUGAUGUCCGUCUGUCUUCACCUGGAGGAGAAGAGUCCAUGCAGCAGCCCCAUCCCCUCCUCGGGAGAGAACAUCUUCAGAGGUCAGAGGUCACCGCUAACGCCUCGCUUUCCUCUGAGUUUUCCAGGUGAUUUCAGCGACCUGGAUGGAGCAGUGAGACAGAGGAGGCAGGAGAUGGAGGAGAGCAGCAGCUCCGACUCCCAGACCCCCGACUACGAGAAGUUAGCAGGUAUCACCAGCCAGCCAACAAAGUUCCCCGUUCCUCCGUUCCUGAACGUGUUGAAGCACGCGGACAGAGCGGCGCCUCCCGAGCAUCCGGAGCAUCAGCACAAAGUGAAGAACCAGCAUCAGAACCAGCAGAGCUCAGACAACAAGCAGCACGAGACGCACCAUGCCGAAUCAGAGGUGGUGAUUGAAAGCAGGACUCUGAAACUAGUUUCUCUCAACACUCUGCUGUUUGUCUACCUGUUUCUAGUGUGUGUCCUGGUCUUGUCUUCCUGUUACCUGACCUAUAAGAUCAUCUCGUUGGAGCAGACGCUGACGACGCUCGGCUCCGUCACAGAGUUCACCCACCAGGGAAACGACUUUAUCCGAGGGAGUGCUGACAUGAACUCAGAGCUUUUCUCUGAACUACUGACCAUCAACCUGAUGAAGCUGGAGAAGGUGCAGAAGAAUCUGCAGAGACUGCUGGACGAAGCCGCCUGACUGUACUGGAAACCAGCGUAUUGACAUGAAAGCGCUGUAUUCAGGUCCGUAAAUAUGCUGUAAAUGUAUAGUUUAUAAUAGCAGAGAGUUACAAACCAACAAUACUGGGGUGUGUUGGACUAACAUGUAGUAAUAGGCUUGAUGAGGAUGAUGCGCAGAAAGACUUUGAAUACUGUGAAAGCGUAACCACACACCGGGCUGCUGUUGGAAAGUUUCAAGUCUGUUUCACCUGUAACCGCACCCAGUCGUGGCGUCACGGUGUACCGGCACAGCCCGGAGUACACCUCUACAUCACCGCAGCACAGCGGGAAGUUAAACAGGCCACAGCCGGGUUUUCAGCGGGUAGCUCUUAAAAGCGCUGCCUGGCCGGCCUGCGAUCAGCGUUUGGUUGGCUGAUCGGAAACCAAACUCUCUGGCAGGAACAGCGCUUCAGACGUAUUUCCUCUCAACGUAGUGAAAGUCUUCUGACCUCAGCUGGUUUUUUUGGUCGCAGUGACUUCACUGAGGCCUCCCGUUUGGGGUGGUGCACCUCUGAAGAGAUCGAGCUACUCAGUGCCGGAUUUAUCUCCUGUCUUUCACCCGGUUCGGCUGGUCACAUUGAUAUUCUCGGCUGUCUGAAAUAGCAAACACAUUUCUGUCUACAUGAAGACAUUUAGGACUUCAAACCAGCUGUGGACUUCAAACCAGAACGUAGAUACUCCACAGCCCCUGACAGGGUUUUUCUUAUAUUUGCCUCAUGGUGCCUUGAAGCUGUGCUUACUGUCAUUUCUUAAGUGAAAUGUAAAUGGAAAACGGCAUUAAAAUGUCAUGCAGGAGGUGGUCAGCUGCUACCUCUGCCUCUGCAGCUGUAACCGUGUGUGUAAACGUCGCCAAGCCGAUUCCAGUUCAUUUACUUUUUUAGUUGAAAUCCAAACGAUAGACUGUUACGGAGACGAGCGUCACUGUGAUUCUGUAAAAAUUAUACGCAGAUUUAAUGAUGGGAUUUUAUUUUCCUCUGUUGGGGAAUGAAGCUCUUUGUUCGAAU